AUGGCCACUUCCGCAUAUUUUCCGAAGUCAUCACGCCAGAAUGGCCACCACCGUGGUCGUCUCUCCUCCAUCAGCAACGCCCUCCCAGUAUAUUCCUCAUCGACUGCAGUGCAGGAGAAGUACGCCAAAAGAGCCCAGCAGUCACCCUGGUGGAUAUACAUCUCGCUUCCAAUACCAGGACUCUCAUCCCGCCGCCUCCGUGUCUUCUUCAUCAACCCUCGACGGUUACAUGCCUUCAGCACAACGCGCUUCGGACGGAAAAGAGGGUCGCUACUCUUAUUUUUUCUCGUCAUUUCAGUUUUCUUCUUCGUCUUUGCGCUUGCCAAACGCUUCGGAACACAUGCGAAGCAAUGGCCGACGCCAUUCAGUGGGGACCCACCAACACUCAUCUACAGGAGGGAGGACUUGCAGAGGAUAUGGCAGUGGGAGGUAAUGAGUGGGCAUUAUCCAAGUCGUCAACGAAUACCAGAACAACUCAGACUGAAAGUUGCACCUGAAAACCCAGCACUUCCCCCCCGCUCAUCAAUACCUUCCGCUCAAGGCCCGUAUGCCACUACAACACGUGGGACUGGAGCAAGACGUGUCUACCUAGACAUUCAGAGCUCCCCCGAUAAUGUGGCUUACCCACCGAGGCCACUCCCCGGCAGUGUCGCCGAUAUGGAUAUCAUUAUGGAGCACUGCGACUUUGCGGAAAAGAAGUUCGUUCGAGAUUGCUUGGAGGUGCUUCGUGUUGGUGCAGGACUUGACAACGGGCGGAGAGUUCGGAGAGGUCGAUUGGACGACUGGAAAUAUAUCUACGUGGAACAGCCGGAAAACAUCACCCAUGUCGCCCGCAGUCUUGAUGGCGAGUCUGACCCGGCCUACAACGACUACAGAGUGACGACAGCGGACGACGGUUCAGACCCAGAUGCUGGUCUAGUCAAGAAGCGUGGCGUGGAAUGGGAAACACCGCCGAUUGCGCUGCCAAAACGCGUCCGUUACACCUCCGCGUCCGAGGAUCCAUCCGAAUGCGAUCCCGAAAACCCCAGAAUUUUCCAUAUGUUCUGGACGGGGCCGUUCACCGACAAACCCUAUCUCGCUAUCCUUUCCUUCCUUUUCACGCAGAACACUGGCUUGCAUCUGGACCAUUAUCCCGAUGACGGUGUGUGUCGACCACAGUUUUGGUUAUGGAUAAACCCCGGUCCUGCUGCAACGGUGCCAAACCCGACGGCAUUGCGAGACAUGUACGACCAACUGAAGGCGAAUCCCUGGGCAUCACCUUUCCUGCAUCCUCGGUUCAAGGACAUCAUCCAUUUCAAGAUGUGGAAUACGACGGAUCAACUGGAUGGGGUUCCGGAACUGAAGGACGAAUGGCGCUCGAGGGAUUUGUUCAACUCAGGAGGAAAUGUUAUCUCUGUUCCAUCCAAGCUGAAGGAGAGCGGAGUGACACGGGCAAGUAGCAACGACACGGCUUCAAGACGCGAGGACGACAUGAUUAACCGAACCGGCUCCAAGUCUCUAUCGUCCUACGAUCGACUUUCUGUUAUCCUUUCAGACAUGGCACGCUUCAUUCUUUGCCACAGGUAUGGAGGUAUUUACUUGGAUGCCGACACGAUUUUCUUGCGGGAUUGGGAGGAGCUGUGGGGUUGGAAGGGUGCGUUCGCGUACCGGUGGUCGCGGUGGGAGAAGUACAACACUGCUGUGCUGCACUUGAACAAGAACUCUGCGUUGGGCAAGUUUUUGUUCAGAACUGCAUUGAAGAAUAACUUGGACUUCCAUCCGAUGACGGUUUCGCGAUACACCAAGGAGGCUUAUCUUGAAGGACUGUUACUUCGCUUGCCGGACGCCCUGUUCGAUUCUGCAUGGCUUACCACAGAAGACCAUCAGCAUAUGCGACCGCCUCAGCCAUUCUUCACAAACUUCGAGCAAUUCUUCGAGACGCCGGUAACAGACAGUGCAGCACCCCAGGCGCUGGGCUUCGAAGGUUUCUUCAGGGGGGCCUAUUCUUAUCACUUCCAUAACUUCUGGUGGAAGCCAUUCGAUCCCGCCCGAAAUUGGCCAGAUCUCGGACCCCGAUUCUCAGAGGGCGAGCAGAUUGCAAGACGCAGACUGCGUGAGGCGAUAACGGCACAGCAGCAGUCGAAGUCGAAGAAGCCGUCACCGAUUCAGUACUCAGAAUCGGGUGAAGAGGACGAGGAGGAUCGGGUGGAAGACGAUCGACGUGAUCUUGAUUGGGCAACGGUACUCAAGCGCACUUUCGAGGCAUACAUCCGGGGUGAACGACCGAAUAUGUACGGGGAAAUGCUGAAGUGGUAG